AUGGCUCUUUCCAAACACUUUUUUCUCCGAGCCCCGCCAUUCUACUCAGCAUGCUGCGGUGGGUCCUGUCAGCACCCUGCAUCCCCCACUGCUUUUCCAAGAGAGGAAAGUGUCCUGCCUCUUCUAACCCAGGAGUCUAACUCCAAAGCCCGGAGAGGUAUAUUAAGAAGAGCAGUCUUUUCCGAAGAUCAGAGAAAAGCUUUGGAGAAAAUGUUUCAGAAACAGAAGUAUAUCAGUAAAACAGACAGGAAGAAACUGGCCAUUAACCUGGGCCUAAAGGAAUCACAGGUGAAAAUUUGGUUUCAGAACCGAAGGAUGAAAUGGCGAAACUCCAAAGAAAAAGAAGUGCUUUCAAACAGGUGCCUCCAAGAAGAGAGUCUUCAGGAGAACUACCUCUCAAGAUCCACCAUGAAUUUUACCUCCCCAUGCCCUUCUGUUUGGGAAGUGUCUCAGGAGCAGGCAAGUACAAGGUGGAGGGAGAAUUCUCCAGGAACUUCUGAAAGACUGGCUAGUACACAACCACUUCCAAGAGCAAAUUCAUCACAGAGCCCACUGUAUUUGUAUCCUGAUCAAGACACUGCAAAUAAGGCAGUUACGUCAUCAGCCUAAGGAAAUAAGAGGCAGUUUGUAAAUUGAGUGAAGAGCACAGGCUUCAAAUGGGUGGUCUUCUAAGACUAACAAUAUUUGGACACUGUAAAGCUAACUAGUUUAUGUCUCAUCAAUUUUCUAAAGUCUAACACCAUUAAAAUGACAAACAACUAAUGAUUUAAGAAAUAUUCUUGAAUACUCAGUCUUUUCUUCUGUCUUUUCCAGUCUUGUACUGACCUUAAAAGUGAAAUAGGAACUGAUGGUAAGUAAAAGGAAGUGAAGAGCAUGGAGCUGAAAUUUUGCUCUGAUUUAUAAAUCUGUGCUGUAUAUAGAUGUUCAUUAAAAGCACACUGAUAGAGACUCACUUUUAUUCUCAUUGCAGUCAGCCAAUUAAUUUCUUUUGUGCACAAGAAUAACUCUGUGUCCCCCAAGACAAUAAGCUGCUUUGGAUGUUUUUUUGAAAUUGAUAAGAUGACACAAUAGGUUCAUAUUAGAUGAACAUAAAAAUUUUUAGUAUGUUUCUCCAUUUGUCCUCACCUAACAUGAUUAUCCAGUUAGUUCUAAAUAGCGUGGCCACAAGUCAGCUGAUUACCCUAGUUAAGUUGCAAUAUUAGAAGACAACCAACCAACCCUAUUAAAAUACCCUGCAUUUAAAUCACUUUGAUUUGAAUUCAUACUGAGAAAUGCAAUUCACCAACUCCUUUCUUUUCUCCUGUGGAUGAAACUUAGAGCAUUCUUAACUCUGAAUUUCAGUGGCUUCUGUCAGAUUGUUAGUGCAAUCUCUUGUAUGCUGUUCUGUAUUUUAAAAUUGUGAUGGCAAUAUGCAGAAUUAUAGCCCAAAUGGAAUAAGCAACAGAACUAUAAUUGGACACCUUGGGACCCUAGCCCUCUCAGAGAAGAACUUAAAGAGAUGGCAUGCUGUAGUAGUCUUAUUCUUGACUUACUCCUAUUUAAACUGGUGCCAAUAAGUGCACAUUAGUAUAUUUCUGUAUCAAAGACAGGACAGUAUUCUAUGUAAUACAAGUAGCCUGAAAUAAUAUUAUUUAAAAUUGCUUUACUUGAAAUGAUUUGUUUGCUUCACCCACUCAUUCCCAUCUCCAAAUGGGAAUAGAAAGUGUUUUUUUCCCUCAUACUUUUGUGAAUGCAUUCGUUGAGGAGAAAGACUGGAGGUAUUUUAUGUUACAGGCAAAACCUUUUGAAGAACAUUUAGGUUUUAUAAGGACUAUUUCAUUUCUGUCAGAUUCCUGUAUUUUAUAGCCAGAAGAAAUGAUUAUGAUAAUCUCGUCUGGCUUCUCUCAUCAUGCAUCCCAUGUUUCUAAUUAUUCUUGCCUUGAGCUCCAUAGCUUUUUGAACUAUAUCAUGGUCUUUCACAAAGCCAUACAAUUGUUACUUAAAAUAUUACCUUUGGAAGAUGAUCUACUACCUCCCAAAUAAUACAACGUAUCAAGGGGAAUAAAGUUUAGAAACAUUUGCAGUACUGGACUUGAAAUUGCAGUGACAGAGUUUGUAUCACAACAAUAUGCAUGAUCAGGCAAGUUUUGUAUCCCAGCCUGUGCAUGUCCUGCCUUUAAGUGCUCAGCUGUGCAGUCCUAAUCUUGCACUAAUGUCAUUCUUUGCAUGUAAAUUCUUAGGCUUGCUUUAAAUCAAAAAGACAUUUCAGAAAAAUUAAGAAAUAAUCUCCUCAUCAAGUUAGAAACCCCGGUUAGCACAAGCUACCUAGAUACCUACCUACCCUCAGAGGGCUAUUGAACACAUUUAGAAAGCCAUGUUUUACAUGCUAUUUACUCAUGUGAGAAGAAAUUUAUUCCUAUCCUGCAGUAGAAACUCCAGAACCUACCCCUAUUCUGCACAGGAGCUUUUAUGGAGAGAUGGAUGGACAGACUGCUUAUCACACACAGGGACGAAUUUACCUUCUAAUUGACCUGUUGAAAUCAUAGGGACUAGUCCAACAGGGCAGGACUAUCUGAAGGAUUAGCAAGAGUUAUUGGCCCAGAUUCAUCCGCAACAGCAUCUGUUAGCAGCUGCCUACAAUGAAAGGCAUGCAGGGAUUUCCAAAUUAUCACCAAAUUACUAAGUAGAGGGAUGUGGGGGCUGGGGAGGAGGGGUAUUCAUCAAUGCUUCCUAUUUUGGAGAGAAUCAGUGCAUGCUUGGGGCAAUUUGGGGUUUUACAGUCUCACUUUCCAGGUGUAGGUGUGAAGCCCUGGAAGGGAGAGCUUUCACAGCCACUUCUAUUCUUUUACUAAGCCUCCCGCGCCACAACUCAAUCAAGUGGCAGUGUUAGAAACAGUGACAGAUGGGAUUCAGGAUGCUUACUGUGAAAUUCUUUCAGUUGAUGAUGCUGUUGCAAGCACUGAAUGUGAGCUAUUAUAAAAACUCUGCACUGAUGUGCUAAACAUCACAUUUGAAGAACCUCUCAGUGAGGCAAAGAUCAAGCGAGGCUCAUGCAGAAUUGGUUUCACAGUUAUAAUGUUACACAUGUUUUAAAUUGAGCAAGUUCUAGUUUCACGGUAGCCUAUUUAAAGCUACACCACUUCAUGGCCCUCCAAACCUCUAACACUUCCUAUUAGAAUUCUUAUUUCAUAGCUAGAAUAAAGUUUCAAUAUGCCAGGUUAAACCUCUCUUUACUUGAAAAUGCUGAUCUAGUUUUCUUCAAAACCUUAGAAAUGUGUGCAUUUUGAAUUAUACCUAAAAUAGUAUGAUUCAAUUACUCAGAAUCUACUUAGGCCUGUAACACAUAACGAGCCUGAUUCCCCUCAUUUUAAGCUUUUUAAAGGGGAAAUUUCUUCUGUGCCAACAUACUGUGAAAUCUUGGUAAAUGAGAAGCAGCACUCAGUAUGCACACAGAAAAUACGAGAGACUUACAGUGCCAGUCUUUUCUGAGUGUGAUGGAUCAAGAACUAUUAGUUUUCUUCAAAUAUGGUAUGAACACUAGUUAUAAAAGAACAAAGAGAACAUAAAUGAUACACAAAAUCCCCAGCAGGUGUUUGAAGUAUUUUGACAUGCCCAUUGCAGGGCUGUAAGGCAUAUAAUGCACCUGGUUUGGUAUUACGGAAUGACAUAAUAUAUACUGAUGGCAUCUCACUGUUAAAACUGGGUGCAUACUAUUUUGACUUCAAAGAUAUGAAUUGAUGGAUGAUCAUGCUGCAUGGGUACAGGGCAUCUGAGCUAUUUUUUUUAAUAUACGGCAUUUUGAGACAAUAUAGUUCCAGCCUGUAGAAUAUUAUGAAGGACAUUUGUUGGGAUCCUGGGAUUUGGCAGAAUUUAGGUGCCUUAUAUUCAGAACUGCAACAAAAAGCUGACUGUUCAGUGUGCCAUUAACAAUGCAGAUACUUAUACUUGCUGGGCACCUCUCUGUUUAGUCUGGCAACUUAUCAAUGCUAAUGUAAUAUAAAAUACAACAGGGAAAGGAAGAAAGGACUGAGACUCAGUACUCCCUUUGUUAUCCAAGUUGCAGACUCCUGUUCCCUUAGGCUGUCCUGCUGACACACUACAGAUCUUGCUGCACAGUGGAGCAGCGUCAGGAACAGGAGGAGAUUCGAGACUGCCCAGACUAGUUUGAAUGUAGAUUUCCAGAAUCUACUUUUGGGGUUAGGGACUCCAAGUAGGUUCUCUGAUACUUAACACAGAGGUGCCAAAGUCCAUUUCUAGAUCAGGCUCUUGGUCUUUUAAACAGAAUCACAAAUGAGUGGCAGAUUAUCAGGCACUGCCACAGUCAUGUUUCAUUGCACGUAAACAACUCUGAGAUCAUGAACAUGAAAAGAGGCAAGCUAGCUUCUCCAUGGACUUCAUAUAACAUUGUUAAAAGCUGGACAUAAUGACUACACCUGUGUCAGCACUUAAACUUUGGUUGUACAGAUUUAUAGUAUAAAAUACUUUUCUAAAAGUUCUCUUGAUUCUCUGCCAAACAGGAAUUAAUUGUGAGGAUCUGUUUAGCAAACAGGACUGCUUUGAGGCACAAAACUGCAUUACUAACUUCAAUGUCAGAACAAUAACACAGCAGCCAAAUGUCACUCCUUAGCUGCAGUAACACAUCAGAUUAGUUUUAUCCGCUAGUUUUUAUGUGGUUUUAAAUAACAGUUGCCAUCACCUUAGCCACACGAUUCCUCUGACGAACAUAAUCUGUUCCACAUUCAAAAGACCGACAUGAAUUACAUUCACUUGCUUCUGUACCUUCUAUGAACAGUAACGUUGUUGAUCUUCACAAGCUAGAAAAACAAACAAGUUCAAAGCAAGUUAGCUAUAAAUGUAGUGCCCUAAGAAAGGUCCAGAGAGAGAUUAGGGCCCAGUUAACUUUAAAUUUAGUUUAGGACCAUAGGGAGACCAAAAGGCCACUGCAGAAGGAGGUUCACAUUCUAAAUAGACUGAACUGCCAUUGACUGUAGAGGUCUACAACAACUGUGCUUCUAGUUACGUGCCUGACAACUGCUGCUAUAGGAGAGAAACCUAGAUUUAUAAACCUGGAUCUAAGAUGCUCCCCAUGUAGACUUGCUGGCCAACAACCUGGUUUCCCACUCCCUGGUUUCUUACAGAGACUGGCUGUACUUCUAAACAAUGAAGCUGGGCAUGAUGGACAGGGACAUCUCAAGGCAACAUGUUGACAGUGAUCCCCCAGUAUUCACCCAAACAUUCAUGCAAACAUCUAACCUUUUAUAAACAUUCAGUGCCUCAGGAAUUCUUAAGGUUUUCCAAGUCAAUUUUUCUUUGCAUGUCAACAUUAGAAUGUGAUGUCAGGUAUUUAAAAAUUUAUGUAUACCAGUCAAAGAUGUCUGUUUCCAUUUUUUUCUGCUUUGCUAUGAUAUGGUUUAAGAUAAGAGUUAAACUAUAACACAAUUCUGUCUUGUAACUUAUCUUUCACUUACUCCAUCAUGCCAAACAUCAGCACACAACAGAUUCGAUCUAAACCUAUGAUGCCUUAUCAAAGCCAUUACAGAAGUAAUGUUCGGUAAGCAAGAGUGUCUCUCUACCAUGUCCUUCAUCAUCCUUAAAAAAUACAACUAGGAAAUCUGCCUCUAACAUAUAAAUUCUAAUAACUGAAAAUACGAAUUGCACAAUACAAAAAAUAUCUAUAUUCUGGGGAUAUCCUGCAACAUUUAAUGUAAUAAAGUUUGGAGAACAAAGGAAAUAUUUGUAAUUUUUAAAUCUGCUUGGCUGAUGAGGAAAGUUAAUAGGAACAUUUUGUUGCAGAAUCCGAAAUUACGUCAUGACUAUGACAUACAUUGCUAUAUAUUGCUGUAUAUGAGCUAAACAAUUAAUUAGAAGCAAAUAUAUUCAUUCUGAUUUUC